AUGGCGAUGGCGGAGGAGGAGGAGGUGCUCCGGUUUCCGGCGAAGUCUUCUCUCACUCUUUCGCAAUCAAACCUGUGCGGUGACAAAUGCGGCAGCUUCCAAAUACCAUUCCCUUUUUACAUCAACUCUUCAUGCGGGUCAGUUUCUGACGACGACCCCUUCCGUCUCAUCUGCCACAAUUCCACCUCACUCUCUCUCACCAUCUCCUCCAAAACCUAUCCUAUCCUCCAAUUCUUCCCCGACGGCGUCUUAGUCGACUUCCCAAACAUCACUUCCGCCACCUGCCGUCCCUACAACGACCUCAACGCCUUUGGCUUUGACGGAAACGACUACUUCGGCAUCUCCGCAGACAACAUCAUUGGCCUAUACGACUGCGAAGAUUCAUCAUUGUGCAAAACAGAAUGCGAAAAGACCAUCAUGCCACCGGGUUGCGACGGCAGCGCGGGCAGCUACCCUGCUUGCUGCUACCCGCUCUCCGAUCGCACCUCGUGGCACGUCGGCGAUGGGUUUUCUGUGUUUUCCCAAUUCGGUUGCAGAGGAUUCUCGUGCUGGGUGGUUCCACCGGGGACUAAUAUCGGCAAGCGCGGCGUGAAGUUGGAAUGGGCAGUCCCUGGAAAUUCAUCCGCUGCUGUGUGUGCUGCCAAUGCCUACACUGUCAAUGCCACAUCGGUUCCCUCUGGGGUUCGGUGCCAAUGCUCCGAUGGAUUCAUCGGCGAUGCGUUCGCAGACGGAGUUGGAUGCUUGAAGACAUGCCUCAGGGAUGGAAAGGAAGCUUACGGCGAUGACUGUUUCUUGAACGGACAUGGUCGAAUAAAGGUUGAAAUACUCGCCGGAGUUGUCACUUUAGCUCUCUGUAUUGCCUCCUUGACUGCAAUUUUUUGUCUGUUAAAACGGCCGACCAAAUCAAACACAUUUGAUCGUAGUGCCGUUUCAUGCCAGAAAGCCUGUAAGACUCGAUUGUUCAGUUACCGUGAGCUAGACGAAGCCACGAAGGGGUUCGAGGAAGGUCAGAGACUUGUCGAUGGCAACAAUGGCACGCUUUACGCCGGAGUUCUUGGAGACGGAUCCCAUGUCGCUGUGCACAAAAUGCAUUGCGAGAACGAAAGGGAGUUCAUUCAAUUCAUAUAUCAAAGUGAGAUUUUUUCUGCAUUUCCACACAGAAACUUAGCCCGCCUCCUCGGAUGCUGCGUGGACUCGGGAAUCAGAAACCCCGCGCUGAUAGUCUACGAGUAUCCCGCAAAUGGGACUCUGGAGGAACAUUUGAGAGGACGACAAUUUGAGCUUGAAUGGUACAAGAGACUCAACAUUGCCUCUGAAACAGCGAGCGUUCUCACAUUCCUUCAGCACGAGGUUUCUCCCCCAAUUUUCCACCACGAUCUCCGAUCCGGUUUCAUCUUCCUAGACGAAGACUUCUCCGUUAAAAUUGCCGGGUUUGGGGCCAACCAUGGCGAGGACUCUCAUUCUGGUGAUGUUUACGGCCUUGGUGUGGUGCUUUUAGAGAUUGUGACAGGUGCUAGAAUUGCUCCAACAAUGGCAUUGCAAAAAAUUAGGAGUGGGAAGGUGGAGGAGAUUGUGGACCCAGUUUUGUACUACCAUGAGCAGCCGCCUUUCCGGCGAGAACAGAUAGAGGCGGUGACGGACUUGGCCACCAGGUGUUUGUUGUUUGGCGGCAGAGAAUGUGUCGGAAGACUUGGGAUGGUAGAUGUUGCGAGGGAGCUGGUGGUGCAUGUCACAAAAGAGAGUGCGGAGUAUGGGAGUAGUAGGAGAGGAGGACCUGUAUUGGAGGAGACUUUUUCCAAUUCAAGUCUUCUUCAGAUGAUUUCUAUGUCACCUGACUCUAUUCAUGUGCCUUAAAACCUGUCCUCACUGAUUAUAUAAUUAGAAAUGGAAGGUAUAUUAGAGGGUCCCCAAGGCCGAGUCCUAUAGUCUUUCAUACAAUUAUGGAUAAAUUACACUUUGCACUCUAGAUUCUACAUCAAAUCCCAUUUAUCAAGUUGCAAAGCAGCACUUUUCUUAGUUUGGUGCUAAUUAAAUUUGUUUAUGAAAAUUGUCAGGUGACCCUAAUACGAGGCCCUUUUUUUUUUUCCUUUUUUAAUAGAACUUGUUCUAUAUUUUUCGCAUCAUUAUCUUCUAAACUCACGACCACUGACCGUCCUUUCUGUAGUUGGUUGGUUUAGAUAAGGAAAAGGAGAAAAUGAGAUUGCUUCUCCAGCCGAUUGCUAUGCCAUUUAAAAGAGAAAAGGGAAAAGAAAAAGAAGAAAGCUGAAGAGCGAUGCAUGCUCAAGCAGCACAAAGGUUAGAAAAAAGUAAGUUGUCUUGAGUGUAUUGAGCAUGUGUAGAUGAGAAGACAAUCCCAAAUGAAUGGCCUUUUUAGCUUCAGGCCUAGUCGGGUAAACACAUGUGAUGGCGUCUUUCAUUCCAAUAAUAACACAAAAUAUUAUAAGUUAUUGAUUAUUUUCUCACUAUUUAGAUUAAAUCAUAUCACAAUGUAAUAUCUACUAUUGUUUGAUUUGCAUUUCCUUUUCUUUCUAGCUAGAAUCACAAGAAGCCUAAAAUUUCUGGUUUCUUGCUUGAUGAAUCAGAGGUAGUCUCCAUGAGUAGCACGAACAUGUCAAGACAUCAACAGAACAUGAGAGCAAACAUUUAGCUUA